AGUCAUUUGGUGGGGAUGCACACUUGUCACCUCAACAGCUAUGGCAUACUGGAUGGUCCCCGAAAGUCCUAGAUAAAACCCAAGUGGGGGCGCCGUGGUAACGCCCACUAGAAAGAAACCCAAAACCCCAUAAUACCAGAUCACAGAGAGGAUUCAUCUCUCUCUCUAUUUGAGAAUCUAGCUUCCGGGUGCUUCGAUAAAAGGCCAUCUGAGAGAGCUCAAGUGUGGUGUUGUAGUGAAAAAUCAAACAACAAGAUGAUACUGGUGGCGAUAGUGGCGGAGAUGAUGGAGGAGUACACGGCGUUGCUGGCCAGGAUUCUGGAGCACAUGUUCCAGUCUGCACCUUUUCCGAGGAGGGUUCGGUUUCUGAUUCUCAGAAACCUUCCUUUUGUGUCCACAUACCCUCUUCUUCCUCCCCCUCCUCGUCCUUUGUUUGGAGCCCCUGCUGCUGCUUAGGAAACUUGAACAACAACAUUCUUUGUUUUAGGAUGUGAGGGUUCUUGGGUUAAAUUGUUUCUCUUUGUCAGAAUUUAGAGAGAGGGGUUUUCGAUUUCAUGUACAUAUUUUGAUCGAGCUUGUAAUGGAAAUCUAGCAUAUAUAUUUUGA